CUGAAAUGUGGGAACUGUGGUGAAGUUUCUGAAAAAUGGCAGUAUCUGCGACUGAUGGACAGUGCUCCCCUGAAAGGAGGCAGAGGAAGUGCCACUAUGGUGCAGAAAUGCAAGCUGUGCUCCAGGGAGAACUCCAUUGAUAUUUUAAGUCAAACAAUCAAGCCUUACAAUGCUGAAGACAGUGAGAAAUUCAAAACAAUAGUGGAGUUUGAAUGAGAACCGGUUGACUUUCAGCCACAGGCAGGGUUUGCUGCUGAAGGUGCAGAAUCUGGCACACCCUUCAAUGACAUAAACUUGUUAGAAAAGGAUUGGAAUGACUAUGAUGAAAAAACAAAGGAAUCAGUUGGAAUCUAUGAAGUUACCCAUAAAUUUGUAAAAUGCUAA